AUGCCUUUCAAAGAGCACGGCCGCCAGUAUGACCUUGUUGUCCUCGGCGCUAGUGGCUACACUGGCCAAUUGACAGCCGAACAUAUCGUUACUCAUCUACCGACGAAUCUCAAAUGGGCUCUCGCUGGCCGCUCGCCUAAUAAGCUCCAGGCUGUGGUCGAGCAAUGCAAGCAGCUCAAUGCAGACAGGCAAGCUCCAGGCAUCGAGCUGGCUGAUACCAACAAUGAAGAGCAGCUCGUGGAGCUAGCGAAGAAGACGCAUAUUCUCAUCACCACUGUCGGGCCUUAUUGCAUCUAUGGAGAGAAGGUCGUCAAGGUUUGUGCUGAGACAGGAACACAUUAUCUCGAUUGCACAGGCGAGUUCCCAUGGGUUCGCAGUAUGAUUGAGAAAUACGAGAAAUCGGCACAAGCGAGCGGUGCUCUUCUGUUUCCUCAGUUCGGUAUCGAGUCGGCGCCGGCCGAUUUGUGCGCGUAUCUCCUGGCUCAGUCGGUGCGCAAGGAGACGGGUUCUACCUGCAAGGAUGUCACCCUGACCAUUGCCGAAUUGAAUUCUGCCCCGUCCGGUGGCACUCUCGCCACAGUGCUGAGCAUCUUUGAGAAGUUCUCACUCGGAGAGGUUCGAGCUGCAACAGGGCCGUACGCUCUUUCUCCCAUCAAACACACAGAACCGUCAAGGAAGCCCAGUGGCAUCCUUCAAACGAUCUUUGGGUCGCACUACGUCCCAGAACUGGGAUCUCUGACAACUUCGCCUGCGGGUUCCACAGAUGCCACCCAGGUUGAGCGAUCAUGGGGCCUUUUUGCAACCACCCCUAGCCUUCAGAGCCAGCAGUACGGACCAAACUUUAGGUUUGCCGAGUACUAUACCGCCAAGAGCUGGCUCGCUGGUGUCGGAAUCCACUGGGCGCUCCUUUUCGGAGGUCUGAUGCUGGCCAUUGUGCCUCCAGUCAGAUCCCUGGUCAAGAUGUUCGUUUAUCAGCCGGGGCAAGGGCCUGAGAAAUCAGGACACCACAAGGAGUCCAUCGAGUACCGUGGCUUUGCGCAUCCGGAUGUGCCCAAAGCAGAUUCCAACUCAAGCAAGAAGGCGUACGUCAAGGCGAGAUUCGAGGGCGGCAUGACUGGACUGCUACUUGCUCAGGGCGCUUUGACGCUCCUGGAAGAGGAUGUCCAGCUUGAAGGAGGUUUCUAUACGCCAGCGUGUCUUAAGCAGCCUCUGGUCGAUCGCGUUAACAAGGCAGGAUUCAAGACGGAAACGCGCAUACUUGCCUGA